UGCAGGGAAUUCAGCCUCUUCCUCCGCCGCUGCAGCCUGACUCUGACACAACCGGCAUGUCUGCAAACUGAGAGCGAGGGAGAGAAGCACAAAUACGUCCUUUCAGACGCACAACUUGUGCUUUCUUUCAACACCGCAGAAGGCGAAAAUUUGAGGUGGUUAUUGCAUUGCGACGAGGCUUUUUUUUUUCUCGAGAGGGAUAAAGACUUGGAAGGAGGAUCAAAACAAGGUCUGUCCCUGAUAACGUGACCACUGAAGGAAAAGAACACAGAACUGCUUCAUCAUGAAUUUUGUAAUGAAAGCUGCGCUGGGAGGAGGACCUCCUGAUGUGGGCAAGAUGCUGGGGGGGGAGGAGAAAGAGGAGGACCCUGAUGCAGCGAAGAAAGAGGAGGAGCGACAGGAGGCACUGAGGCAGCAGGAGGAGGAGAGGAAGGCCAAAUAUGCCAAGAUGGAGGCUGAGAGGGAAAGGAUGAGGCAAGGCAUCAGGGAUAAGUAUGGUUUGAAAAAGCGUGAAGAAGCCGAGGCUGAGGCAGCAGCCGCUGUGGAGGAGCCCGCAGCCGGCAGCUUGACCCGACCCAAGAAGGCCGUGCCAGCCGGCUGCGGUGAUGAGGAGGAAGAGGAAAGCAUCAUGGACACAGUGAUGAAAUACCUGCCAGGCCCACUGCAAGACAUGCUGAAGAAGUAGGUUAGCAAGCUAGCUAAUGCUAACAUUUUCUAGCUUAGUUCAUAGGCUACAUUCACAAGGUUGGAUUAUGUCAGGGAUUUUUUUCCAUCCACAUGUAAGUGCGUAAAAUGAAGUUAAAAUACGGUGUGGUCUUUUGGUGUUUGGACAAAUCAAAGUUUCAUGGUGGGGAAAUGAAUCAUACGUGAACCAGCAGUGUGAAUUUCAGCAAUUAGACUAAGCUAGGCUGACCCAACGGCCAGAUGAACGUUAGCUUGACUGAUGUUAACGUUAGCUAUGUUACACUAAUGAAGCUAACAGCAAGCAGAGGGGCUAAAGACACAAUGUUUGAUGGUUUAGCCUUCUAGUCUGUGAAGUUUUAAACUCCCUUUUCUCUCCUCUGCGGUAGCUGCAGAGAUUUCUCGCAGCACUGAAAAAUAAUCUCCUUGUCCACUACGCUGUUCACUCAAUUUGUACAUAAGUAAUGAAGACAUGAGAAGCCUCAAGGUGGGCAAACAAUCAUAAAAUAAUAUAUAAAAUUAUUAAACUAACUGUGUGUCUGUCUCUAAAAUAAAAAAAUAUGUGAUAACUUGAUAAGCCAUAUUUUAAAAAGGAAAUUUAAAGACUAUUGUAGUGUGCUGCCAAAGCUACUGUUUUGUGUUCGACCAUGUCUGAAAUUUAUGUAAAACUUUUUGCACACAGUGUUACACAUUCUCUGUAAAACCUAUUGUCUAUCUACCCUACACUCCUACAGUGCUCAAUAUCAAAGUGUGAUAACAUUCAUGUAGUGUAGUGUUUAAAAAUGUUUCUAUUCCCCCGUUCAGUGCGUCUCCUUCUUAUGUCUUGCAUGCCAUUUGUCUGGACAAGUUUGUUGUGUGAAUAUGUACAAACUCACCCCCCCCCCCCCCCCCCCCCCGCCCCUUUUAUCCUCUUCUUUAUCAUGCAAAAAAUAUUAAGGCAAUAACUCCUAAGUUUGAGUGUGUUUUCACUACCAUGUCAGUAUAACCGUUAUUAAUAUCAGUAACAAAAAAAAAUGACAUGUAUGCAUUCAGGAAAUUUUAUUUACAGGUUUGCAGGGUUUUCUUUUUUUGUUGUGUCUUUGUUUUGAUGAUGAAUGACCGUAUAGCCAAAACCUUAACCUUUCAGCCAUAAAACAAGAACCUACAGUAUAUAUACUAUUACUAUCAGGAUCUACUACUCGGGAGAGAAUGCUGGAAGAAACUGUAUGAAUAGAUAAAAAAUAUGCGUUACUGAUUUUUCAUCUAUAAUAAGCAGCAUUAACUAUUAACAUGGCCUCCAAGACUGACUAUUGGAUCAUGUGAAGAUAACUGACCAAGAGAGAAAGAGACCACUUUCCCCCAAUACACACAAACACACACACAGUGCGUAAAUACUGCAGUCUGGCUACUGAUUUAGUUACACAGCAAAACCAGAAGCAUUUUAAAAGAUGACACGAGGGGAUGCUUGAUUCAGUUCUAGUUAUUGUUGUUUUAGAGGUGACAAUAAGUCGCUGAGGGUGACGUGGAAUGCUAUGAGCAAUAAAGGAUUAUCAUGUAUAUUUCUGCCUGAGAUUCAAUAAAAACUUAAAACCUUGUUCACAGA